ACGGAAAAAGCGCGCGAACUUUUUAGUUGCUCGUUUUGUUUUUGUUUGUGUCGGUCGUGUUCCAGAUUAAAAUCCUCGCCCCAAAAAAUGCCCAAACGCGUCCUUCCGCUGUGGAUGCGUGACUCGCCCGGUCCCAACGCCAAGAAGCGCGUCCUCUCGGAAACCAAGCUCAACACAAUCGCACCGAAAGUUGGGGAAUCUCCGCCGGUUCUCGAGUCGGCGAAAUCGCUGCCGGAUGUUUCGGUGCCGAGCGCGGAAAACACCCCUCGGAGGCGCCUCCGGAGCAACUUUAAGAUCGAGGACGACGGUCCGCCGAAGGCGGAACCGUUUGUGAAGAUUAACAUCGACGACGUUCCGUUCAUCGACUAUCGGGGAAAGAUCCGGUACUUUACGGAGCUGCACGACGUUGCGUUUGCGUGCGAUCAGCUGGUGCAGUGGGUCGAGAAGCAGCCGGACGGGGUGGUUCCGAUUGCGUUUGAUUUGGAGUGGCCGUUCAGUUUUCAGACGGGGCCGGGGAGGGUGGCGUUGAUGCAGCUGUGCGCGGAGACGGACGUCUGCUAUCUGUUUCAGGUGUCGUGUUUGAAGAAGCUUCCGGCGGCGCUGCUGCAGCUGUUGAACCAUCCGCGGGUUUGCUUGCACGGGGUGAACGUGAAGAACGAUUUUCGGAAGUUGGCGCGAGAUUUUCCCGAGGCGAACGCGGAGAGGAUGAUUGAGCAGUGUGUGGAUUUGGGCCAGUGGUACAAUAGGAUUCACGGGACGACGGGGAUCUGGAGCAUGGAGCGGUUGGUGCUGCAGGUUUGCCAGCUGCGGAUCAGCAAGAACAAGAAGGUCCGGAUGAGCAAGUGGCAAGUGCUGCCGUUGAGCGACGACCAGAAGCUGUACGCGGCGAUUGACGUUUACAUUGGCCAGGAAAUCUACCUGAAGCUGCAGGCCAAGGAACUCCAGCUGGCACAGGAGGAGAAUCCCCCGGACGCGGCACCAAUCCCCCAGGAUUAGUGCGCCGCAGUCAA